AUGGAGUCUAGUGAAGCUGUAGACGGAGCAGAUGUGGUGAUACCAUUGUCUUCGGUUAAACAAGUUACUGACAGGUAUGCCAACACUUUGUAUGGGUAUUUUCUGGGUAAACGUCUGGCAUUUCCUGUGGUGGAUUUCUUUGCAAAGAACAAUUGGAUGAAAUAUGGUUUGUCUAGACUUAUGAUGAAUGCGAACGGAUUCUUUUUCUUUAAGUUCAAGACUAAAGAAGGGAUGGACCAGAUGUUAGAGGAUGGACCUUGGAUGAUAAGGAAUGUACCUAUAAUCUUGAAAGAGUGGUCGGCUUCCAUCAAGUUGGAAAAAGAGGAUAUAAAGGCUAUUCCAGUUUGGGUCAAGAUGCAUGAUGUGCCGUUAGCGGCAUUUACUGAGGAUGGCUAUGCUAGAGCUCUUAUUGAAGUUCAGGCAGGGGUUGAGUUAAAGAAGAGUGUAACUAUUGCAAUCCCAUCUUUGGACGGUAAUGGUCAUUCAAUGGUGGAGGUAAAAAUUGAUUAUGAUUGGGAGCCUUUAAGGUGUUCAUCUUGCUGUGUUUUCGGUCAUGAUGAUAGCUCGUGUCCUAAGAACCCUCAGAUAAGUUCGGUUGGGGAUGUAGAGAAGAAGAAUGAUGACUUUCAGGUUGUGGGUGCCAAAAAGAAGAAAGCUAAUAAUCAAGGUCUUCAUAUGAAAAAUCAGAAGCCUAAGUUGGUCUAUAGACCAGUUGUCCACCCUAAAUCAAAAUCGUCCUUGAGGAGUCCGCUGAUUAAUCAGGUUCCAAUGUCGAACCCUUUUGACAUCCUUAAGGACGAUGACGGAAGUCAGGGAGGUGCCCAUAUGGGCCGAGUGCAGAAGAAGGCUACGCAGUCAAGUAAUAGGCAGGAUUCGGAUGAGGAGGUCGUUGAAGGGCAAGCACCUCUUCCACAAAGUUCUCAAAUGGAUAGGCUUUUGUUGGUUCGUGUGAAGGGGUUGCUAGUUUGUGGCAACUUUAUCUUCGAUGAUGGCGGUUGA